CACUAAUUUCUCUCUCUAAAAUCCACUCUCUCUCUCUCGGGCUCCCCGUUGGAAAUCGAUGGCGGAGACUCCAAUCGCCAUCAUCGAUGACUCUCCGAUCAAAACCAAAGUGUCGGCGCCGCCUCACCGCUCUCGAAUUUCGAUGGACGGCGACGAUCCCUCUGUUCCGGUAGGAGCACCGAAAGUUCCUUUCUUCAGGAGUCUAAAACAGAGGAAGGAGAACGGGUGGAUCAUCUCUCUCUUCGUGUUUCUCCACGUAGUUGCUUUCGCUACUACGAUGUUUGUCAACAAUUGCUGGCGUAAUUCUCACCGUCAUUGCGCUCUCUCGUCCCUCGGAAGGUUCUCGUUUCAGCCUCUCGCUGAGAAUCCGCUUCUCGGUCCUUCCGCUUCUACGCUGGAAGAAAUGGGGGCUUUGCGAAGAACACUUUUGGUGCAGAAUCAUGAAAAUUGGCGCCUUCUCACAGCCUCAUGGUUGCAUGCAGGAGUUUUUCACCUUAUAAUCAACAUUGCCAGCAUACUCCUCAUUGGAAUUCACUUGGAACAAGAGUUUGGACCAGUAAGGAUUGGAGUUAUCUACAUACUCUCUGCUAUUACCGGUAACAUGGUGGCUGCACUAUUCCUUCAAGACAGGCCAACUGUUACUUCCUCUGCAACCCUAUUUGGCUUGCUUGGUACUAUGCUUUCUGGUCUAAUCCAAAACUGGGCAAUAUACUCUAGAAAGAAUGAAGCUCUCCGAAUAUUUUCCCUCAUCUUGGUGAUAAACUUGGUCCUUGGUCUGCUACCAUAUGUCAACAAUUUUUCGAAUAUUGGAGGAUUCUUCUGUGGCUUUAUUCUUGGCUUUGUUCUGCUAUUCAAGCCUGACCUGGGAACAUUGGCUCAAAGUAAAGCAGGUUUGUUCGAGUAUGAAGUCAAACAUUCUUUCAAACUCAAACAGAAACUGGAUAGGCCUGUGCUGAGGAUUGUUUUCCUUGUCCUCUUUGUUCUUCUACUUGCUGGCCUUCUCAUAGGGUAUCUUCGUGGAAUCAAUAUGAACAAGAGUUGUACAUUGUGUCGGUAUAUGGAUUGUAUCCCUUCCAAAUGGUGGACUUGCAGCGAUAAAACAAUGCACUGUGAGACAAUGGUAAGUGAAGGGCGGCUAACAUUGACAUGCGAUGGUAAUGACAAGUUCAAAGUUUUUCCCUACAGUCUUUCACAAGCAAGAAUCAACGACAUAUGCAAUUUAAUGUGCUAAAGCAUGUGUUGAUUUGUGCAAGUCUCCUGGCUUGAAGAACAGAUCUCCAUCUUUAAGUUCAUGUCCAGUAUCAGAAUCUUCCUACCACAGUCCUACAUUUUUUUCUUGUACAUAAGCAUGCCAUGGUUAUAGAUGACGAAUUGUAUAGCUAUGCAGAUCUUGCCCUUUUAUGAUUUCCUUCAUAUUUCAUAGGCUCUUACUUGAAUGUCUUUCUCAUUUGUCCAGGUGCUUCAAAUAGAUCGUGAUACGAUAGUAUUUCUGCAAUGAAAGUUGUGUAUAGUUCUACUAGUUACAUA